UGAUUCUUCCCAUUCGAAAAGAACCUCCCAUACCUCAGAGAACGUUCAACACUGCAAGUUCAAAUAGACAACAUCCUUUUCCAUUUUACUCGAACCAGAAACAUUGUUCAAUCAUGUGGAUUUUUGUACCUUUGACAAUCUCGAUAAUCGCUACUGCUUCCGGAUAUGUGGCAACAGUGGACGCACAACCUUAUUGGAGUUAUCAGGGUUAUCCUGGGAGUCCCUCCUAUCCUGGGAGUCCCUCCUACAACGGCUGGAAUGAAGUGCUUGGGUUGUUACAAAUGGUUUCCAGACGGCGUAAUAACAAAUGUCGACUGUCGGGUGGAAUAGAUGAGGUCUAUGGCAUUCCAGGAUUAAGAAAUGCUAUUGGAUAUUCAUAUUUCAACACGAUAAAGCCAUCCAUGAAUGAAAUGUUUUACAACUUAGGAAUUGACAGAGGAGCCACGUACAGAUACGCUGACAGUCUGUGUAACAGGAAUUCACAAAUAAUAUCAUUCCUACCCGGCAAUGACGUGGUCAGCAUGCUUUGCUCGGAUAUUCAUCAUACAGUGCAGCAGGAAAAUUUGUAAAUCUAAUAUAUUAGAGCAUGGUUGUGUUUGGAUAAAUUU